AGAAAGUGACCACAGCUAAAACCUAUCCAGCCCUAAGAGCAGUGGGACUGCGACCAAACGGAUUCAUUCACCCCAGUGACCGUGUACCACCUGAGAAAGACGCCAAACAGAGCAGCGGGAAAGCUCGCGUUUGAAGCAGAUUACUUGGAAGGGAAUCACUGUGGCUGCUUCUGCUGCUUUUUUGGGGGGGGAGGGCAGUUGCGCACGGCGGAUCUAUGAAGACACGGGCAGGUUUUUCACUCUCGACACCAGACAGUGGGAACAAGGAGUGAUUCACCCCGCUGCCUACAGCCCCCAUGCCGGGCAUUAGCUCCACCGCGCCUCGUUAUGAAAACUGGGACAUGGACCACCUCGACCACUACCAACAUUAUUUCUACGACUACCACGACCCGGACGAGGAUUUCUUCAAGUCCACAGCGCCCAGCGAGGACAUAUGGAAGAAAUUCGAGCUGGUACCGACCCCGCCCAUGUCCCCUAUCCGUGCGGUGGAGGGGUCGGGCAGGGUCGGACUGCUUUACCCGUCUCUCGGGGACAAGCUGGAGUGGGUGUCCCAGUUCUUGGGGCAGGAGGAUGAACAACAACAACAGCAGCAGCAGCUGGAUGUGCCGUGCAAGCUGUCUACGACCAAUGACUCGUUCGGGAACUUGAGCUCCAUCAUCAUCCAGGACUGCAUGUGGAGCGGCUUCUCGGCAGGACAGCAGCUGGAGAGAGUUGUAGGGGAGCGCUACGCUUCCUGUCCCGGGACUGGAGUGGCUACCAAAGUCGCGUCCGGGUCUGCCGUUACAUCCCCUGGGAGAGUGCAGGGUGCCUGCGCCGACUCGGCGGCCCUCAGCGGCUUGGCUGCGGACUGCGUGGACCCCGCUGCGGUUCUCACUUUCCCAUUAACCACCGGCUGCAAGAAACAAGUGUCCUCUGGUUCCGAGUCACACACCGACUCUUCAGAUGAUGAAGAUGACAAAGACGAGGAUGAAGAGGAGAUUGAUGUGGUUACAGUGGAGCACAAGCAGCAGCGCAAACCCCGCCGACUGGUCAACACCCGCAAGCCGGUGACCAUCACGGUGCGAGCUGACCCUCUCGACCCCGGUAUGAAGCGUUUCCACAUUUCCAUCCACCAACAGCAGCACAACUACGCUGCCCCCUCCCCGGACACUCUGCCGGCAGUGGCCGAGCCGCCGCGGAAGAGGAUUCGGCAGGAGGCGUCCACUCAGGCGACACCACCUCCCCAGAACUCUAAUUCCCAUCAGCCCCGGCUCGGCCACGCCCCACUGAACUUGGACAGCAGAAAGCCUCACAUGACCGUGCCCAGGUCAGAGUCGCCUAACCUCAGCGCCUCCUCUCCUCCUUCCGCUACCUCGCCAUCAUCUCCUCCCUCCUCCUCUUCUUCCUCCUCAUUGCAUCCCCAGAGCUCUCCCUCAAAGCCCUCCUUCUUCUCCCACCUCUCCAGCCCCCAAUCAUCUGACUGCGAGGACACCGACAAACGCAAGGCGCACAACUUCCUCGAGCGCAAGCGGCGGAACGACCUGCGCUCGCGUUUCUUGUCGCUGCGGGAUGAGAUCCCGGGCUUAGCGGACUGCCCCAAGACUCCCAAGGUGGCCAUCCUGACUCGAGCCACUGAGUACCUGCAGCAGCUGCAUGCCAGCGAGAGGCAGAAGGCUCAAGAGAGGAAGCAGCUGAAAGCCAGGCAGCUGCAGCUGCUGCAGAGACUGGCGCAGCUCAAACGCUCCUGAAUCACCUCACAUGUACACUCAAAGAACUGAAUGGGACUCCAUGAAGAAGAUACACUAAUGUUCACUGGGAAUAGUGCGGGUGGAUUUCUUUUUCUUUGUUUUUGUGGUUUGCACAUUAGCUUCUGAGUGACUGACGAGGCCACAAGCCGUCAUGACAGCAAUCUUGGGGACUGAUUGCACGGGGCAUCUUAAGGGCACAUUAAUAUAUCCGUGGGCUUUUGCUUUAGGUUUGUCCAACUGUUUGAUUUUCCCCUCAUUUAAAAAAAAAAAAAACAAAACAAAAAAAACUUCCAAACUGUUGCUUGCUACAGGAAAGCCUGCCAUGUUUGUUUGAUAAAGUGCUGCACAGGUCAGAUGCCUCCUUGAUUGUGAUGGGCGCUUGUUGUGCUGUGAUGUCUCCUCCUGAACUUUCUUUGUAUGGACUUAGGCUCAGCUUGAAUUCUAUAAGUUGCACACUUUCUCCUGCCUUGUUCUCUUCUUCCCUCUCACUCAUUUUCCACAAACCUCUUCCCUAUUCUUUCUUUUCUUCACCCCCCAGCUUCUGGCCAGUCUGAGACACUGAAAAGUUAAUGAUACAAUAUUAUUGUGCACGUCUUGAACAGAUAAAGUCCCAACUUCUCUGCUUACAGGUUCCAAUUGUAACCUUUGGUAUCUCCCUCGUGCGUCAGAAAUGUUUGGAAAGUAUCAACUCGCUCGUUGUAACAGCCUUGUUUUUGUUUUUUUGUUUUGUUUUUUUGGUAGUGUUAUUCGGAGAAGAUGAAAUUGAGAUUCAUCCUAAUAUUCAUGCAAAGAAAUGUGCAAAAGCACAAGAUUUCCCCGUGUUUGUUAUUGUGCCAUGGAGACCAGCCAGAAGAUGAAUGUCAGCAUCCAUUAAUUAACUAAAAGAAACUUUCAAAGAAUGGCCUGAUUGAACUCUGUCAAAUGCCUGGAGGUGAAGCCCACUGAGUUUCAGCUGUAUAUUUCUUUCAUCUUGCUGUCUCAUGUUAUAUCUGUACUUUUUUGCUGUCUUUGCAUUUGAUGUAAUGCCUUUAGAAGCCUUUCAGUGUAUGUAGACUGUUCAGUUGGAUGUUAUGUAUAUAGUACACUUCCUGUACAGUCCCUUCAAACCAAAUCCAGAGCUGUCUACUAUAUUCACCCUAGUUUUUGUUCGGCCCCGCGUCCUAAACGGGGGGCCAAGCUUGCUGGCUUUUCAAAGAUAACUCAAAGCUUCUAUUUUUGUUAAUAAAAUGAUUAUUUAAAAAAAAAAAAAAAAAAAGUCAAAAUAAAACACUUUGAACUUUGAUCACACUAGUCACUUUGUCACAAUGUUUUUUGUUUCUUUCCUUUUUUUUUUUUUUUUAAAAAGUCUACUUGUUUUACUGUUCAUUACCGUUUCUGCAGUUUCUUUAUUUGUAAAAGUCAGAUCUGACAAAAGUUUUAUACUAUAUUUUCCUACCAAGUUGUGUUUCAGUGUGAGCUAAUGACUGUUUUUGGUUGUCACAGUGGGCUGGCCUUUAUUGGUGGUUAUGUGCUGAAAAUUGGCAUGUGUGCUCUGCCUUCUCUGUCUGGAUUGGAAAGCACCUGAAAGCUC